AUGAAGCCAGAAACAGCUGGGGGCCACGUGUGCCACCUCCUGCUGCUGCUGCUGCUGGCCGUGGUGCUGACCAGAACCAGCGCUGUCCCUGCCCCCAGGGCCUCCAGGCUCCCACCAGAAGCAAAGGAUUGCCACAUAGGCAGGUUCAAGUCUCUGUCCCCACAAGAGGUGCUGGCUUUCAAGAACGCCCAGGAUGCCAUUGAAGACUGGCUGCUUGACAAGGACAUCAGGUGCAGCUCCCGCCUCUUCCCCAGGGCCUGGGACCUGCAGCAGCUGCAGGUCCAGGAGCGCCCCAAGGCCUUGCAGGCUGAGCUGGCGCUGACACUGACGGUCUUGGAGAACAUGACUGACUCAGCCCCGAGCACCAUCCUGGACCAGCCUCUUCACACACUGCGCCACAUCCACACACAGCUGAACAUCUGUAUGCAGCUUCAGCCCCCAGCAGCAGAGCCCAGGCCCCCAAGCCGCCGCCUCUCCCGCUGGCUGCUCAGGCUCCAGGAGGCCCAGAGGAAGGAGAGCCCCGGCUGCCUGGAGGACUCUGUCACCUUCAACCUCUUCCACCUGCUGCUCAAGGACCUGAAAUGUGUGGCCAGAGGAGACCAGUGUGUCUGA